UGGAGGGAGAGACGAGUGUGCAGGAGGGAGAGGAGAGUGCAGGAGAGAGAGGUCCACAUAAAGGCAAACAUGGCCACCGCCGUCGAGUGUGAGACUUUGUACACCGGUCAGAAGAUUCCGCUCAUUGGACUUGGCACGUGGAAAAGUGCGCCUGGCCAGGUGAGAGACGCUGUGAAGUGCGCUCUCAGCGUUGGCUAUCGGCACAUAGACUGCGCGUCCGUGUAUGGAAAUGAAACUGAAGUUGGAGAAGCCAUCAAGGAAAGCGUCGGUGAUCAGGGUCUGAAGAGAGAAGAGAUCUUUGUUACCUCCAAGCUGUGGAACAACAAACAUCACCCGGACGACGUAGAGGGGGCUCUGAGGAAGACCCUCUCUGACCUCCAGCUUUCCUACCUGGACCUCUAUCUCAUGCACUGGCCCUAUGCCUUCAAGAGAGGAGAUAACAUCUUCCCACAGAACCUGAAUGGGUCUCUGCAGUACGACUACACCGACUACAAGGACACAUGGAAAGCAAUGGAGAAGCUGGUGGAGAAAGGUCUGACCAAGGCGAUCGGCCUGUCCAACUUCAACAAGAGACAGAUUGAUGAUAUUCUCAGCGUUGCCACCAUAAAGCCGGCCGUACUGCAGGUGGAGUGUCACCCCUACCUGGCUCAGAACGAGCUCAUCGCUCACUGCCGGGCCAACGGACUGGCCAUUACCGGCUACAGCCCUCUGGGAUCUCCGGACCGCAGCUGGAGGAAAGCAGAAGACCCGGUCCUGCUGGAGGAACCCGGCAUCCUGGAGAUGGCUAAGAAAUACGGCAAAUCAGAAGCUCAGAUUCUUCUCAGGUGGCAGGUGCAGCGGAAAGUGAUCGUCAUUCCAAAGAGUGUCACCCCGUCCCGAAUCCUCCAGAAUCUGCAGGUGUUUGAUUUCUGUCUGACGGAGGAGGAGAUGCAGCAGAUCGGGAGCCUGAACAAAGGAUGGAGAUACAUUAUCCCAUUAAUCACGGUGGACGGAAAGUCGGUCCCCAGAGACGCCGGUCACCCCAUGUACCCGUUCAGCGAUCCCUACUAGUCAUUUCAGAGCUGGACGGAUGAAAACCAGAGUCAC